AUGCAGGCCUCCUCUGACAGACAGGUGGUAGCUGGGCACCAGGCCCUUGUCGGUGACCAGUACGGCCCCUGCCCAAUCCCCCCACUAAUUGAGGAGAAAGAGUGGGAGGCACUGAGGGCCCAGCUGACGACCCGGCCGAGAGACCUGGAGUUGGUGGCACGCUGCUUCCGUAAGGACGAGAACGCCGUGCCCCCUGCCUACGUGCUGCAGGCCACGGGUGCUGGGGAGGCCCGAGGGCCUGAGGAGCCCCCCCUGAUCUCUGUCCUGCGAGCUGGGGCCCAGGAAGCCCUGAAGCUGGGCCUGAUUACCCAGGAGCAGUGGCAUCGAUACUAUCGGUCAGUCAUGGCGUGGGAGAUGGAGCGCGGCCUGCUGAGUCCCAAGGACGGGGACCAGGGUGCCACCGUCUUCCUGCGGGAGAUCCAGGACCUCAACAAGCACAUCCUGGAUGACUGUGGGCUGCGGCUGGUGGACAGGCUGCCGGAUGGCUGCCUGGACACCGACGCCCAGAGCCUGCUCAGCAGCCUCAAGGGGCGUAUCACCGAAGAGCACCCCAGCGCCCUCAAGACCCACCACCUGCCGUGGAGCCGUGACCUGGUGAACCCCAAGAACAAGGCCCACGCCAGGUACCUGAAGGAGCUCGGGGAGCAGUUUGUGGCCCGGGCCAACCACCAGGUGCUGGAGCGUCUCCGGGAGUUGGAGGCGGCCCCGCAGGACCUGGACUGGCUGUACCAGGACAUCCGCCACCACCUGAGCCAGGGUGCAGAGGCCACUCACACCUUCUGCGGCCGCCGGGAGCUACUGGCCCAGCUCGGGCAGCAGCUCCGGCAGAGCCACAAUGCCCCCCACAGCCCCCUGGUGCUCUGCGGCCCCCCGGGCAUCGGAAAGACGGCGCUGAUGUGUAAGCUGGCCGAGCAAGUGCCCGGGCUGCUGGGCCACAAGACAGUCACCGUCCUCCGGCUCCUGGGGACCUCUCAGGUGAGCUCAGAUGCUUGUGGCCUGCUCCGGAGUGUCUGCUUCCAGGUGUGCCUGGCCUUUGGGCUGCCGCUGCCACCCGCCCAGGUCCUGGAGGCCCAGAGCAGGGUGGUCCAGUUCUUCCACCACCUGCUCCACACUGUGUCCCACCGAAACUUCGAGGCCCUCGUCAUCCUCCUGGACUCUCUGGAUGACCUGGACACUGCUGUCCACCAUGCCCGCAGGAUCCCCUGGCUACCCCCGCUGUGCCCCCCGAGGGUCCACCUCAUCCUCUCGGCCUGCUCGGGGCAGCAGCACGGGGUGCUCGACUCCGUGCGUCGGACCGUCCAGGACCCUGGGGCCUACUGGGAGGUGAAGCCCCUCUCUGCCAACCAAGGGCGGGAGAUGAUAGAGCUCCUGCUGGCAGCCGCCAGGAGGACCCUGAGCCAGGCCCAGCGUGACCUGCUGUGGGCCAGCCUGCCCGAGUGCGGGCACCCCGGCCGCCUGCGCCUGGCCUUCGAGGAGGCCAGGAAGUGGGCCUCCUACUCCGUGCCCGCCCCUCUGGCCUCCACGGCCCAGGAGGCCACGCACCAGCUGUGCAGCCGCCUGGAACAGACGCACGGCCAGCUCCUGGUGGCCCAUGUGCUGGGCUACAUCGUGGCUUCCCGGCACGGGCUCUCGGAGGCGGAGCUCAAGGAUGUUCUGUCCCUCGAUGAUGAGGUCCUGCAGGCCGUGUACCGGGACUGGACGCCACCCAGCAAGGAGCUGCUCCGUUUCCCACCCCUGCUGUGGGUGAGGCUCCGCCGAGAUCUGGCCACCUGCCUGACCCGGCGGCCUGUGGACGGCUCCAUGCUCCUGGCCCUCACCUACAGACAGCUGGCCGAGGCGGUCCGGGAGCGCUACCUGUCCGGGCCCGAGGGAGUCAAGCGGCAUGGUGUCCUGGCCGACUUUUUCUCGGGGGCCUGGAGUCAGGGCACCAAGAAGCUCAUCACCCUGCCUCUCCUGGGGAAGCCGCUGAACCUGGAUCGCAAGGUGGCCCCUCAGCCCCUCUGGUUCUCAGACUCGGUGGCAAACCUGCGGAAGCUGAAGGAACUGCCCUUCCAUCUGCUCCACGCCGGCCGCGUCGAGGAGCUGAAGCAGGACGUGCUGGGCAGUAUGAGCUGGAUCUCCUGCCGGGCCGUGUCCGGGGGUCUUGAGGCCCUCCUGGAUGACUUUGACCUGUGCGCCCCCCAUGUGGACUCGCCGGAGGUUGGCCUGGUCCGGGAGGCCCUGCAGCUUGCCUGCCCCGCUGUGGAGCUCCGGGGCCUGGAGAAAAGCGUUCUAUACACGGAACUCCUGGCCAGACUCCAUUUCUUUGCCACUUCGCACCCAGCUCUGGUGGGGCAGCUGUGCCAACAGGCACAGAGCUGGUUCCGGGUGUGCCCCCACCCAGUGCUGGUGCCCCUCACAGGCUUCCUCCCACCCCCCGGCGGACCCCUCCGGGCAACCCUCACUGGCUGCCACAAAGGCAUCACUGCGAUGGCAUGGAGCCUGGAAGAGUUGCUGCUGGUGGUUGGCACCCAGGAUGGCACCAUGGCUGUGUGGGAUAUGAAAGAGUACCACGUGAUCCACAUCCUGACUGGGCACACAGCAGAAGUGAGGUGUGUGCAAGUUUUUGACAAAGGGACACUUGCCAUCUCGGCCUCCAAGGACCACACGCUGCGCUUGUGGGACUUACUCUCUGGCCAGGAGAAAGCCGUCAUUUGGGAUGGAGGUUCAGAAGAUCCCAUAGAGCCUCAGUUCUACAACCUUCAUGUGGAUGAAUCAAACAAAGUCGUGUAUUCAACAUCUGGCUCAAAGGUUAAUGCAUGGAAUCUGGAGACUGCAGAGCCAGUGUUCCAGGUGCUGGGAGAUACCUCGGACCCUUGGGUGUGUGUGGCAGUCCUUGCCUCCCAAGCCCGGCUGCUGAUGGUGUCCAUGCACGGCGUGGUCAGCCUGUGGAGCUCAGCCACGGGAAGACUGCAGGGGAAGCAGCAUCUGUCCAGCAUCAAAGAGGAAACACCCACCUGUGGGGUCACGGUCCAGAAACAAGGAAGGCUGGUUACUGGGUUCAGCAGCGGCUCCAUCUCUUUGGUUUCCUCCGAGGGAGACAGUCUGCUGGAGAAGCUUCCGGAAGCUGUGGGGUUCCUGGUCACCUCUGAGGACGAGUCACUUCUCGCUGCAGGCUUCGGAAGAUCGGUGCGCAUCUUCCUGGCGGACUCACGGGGCUUCCACCGCUUCAUGGCCUCCGAUCUGCAACACGAGGACACAGUAGAGACGGCUGUCUUUGGUCCCAGGAACAACCUGAUUGUGACAGGAUCCCGCGACGCACUCAUUCAGGUGUGGAGCCUCUCAGAACAGGGAACCCUGCUAGACAUCCUCGAAGGUGUCGGGGCCCCUGUGAGCCUGCUGGUGCGAGGAGGGGCCUGGGUGGCAUCUGCCUCCCAACAAUCCUCAUCUUUCAAAGUCUGGGAUGUCACCAGCUCUCAGAAGCCCCGCGUCCCUGUCCCUUUUCUGGACCGUACUGGCCUCACUGCUGUGUCACACAACGGGAGCUACGUCUACUUCCCCAAGAUUGGGGACAAAAACAAAGUCACCGUCUGGGACAUGGCGGAAGGUGAGGAACAAGAUGCUCUGGAUACCUCCAACGAGGUCAGGUGCCUGGAGGUGGCCCAGCAGAGCCAGCUGCUCUUCACCGGCCUGGUUUCGGGGAUUGUCCUCGUGUUCCCCCUGAACUCCCGGCAGGACGUGAUGUGCAUCCCCCCGCCGGAGGCCCGCAAAGCCAUCAACUGCAUGUCGCUGAGCAAGAGUGAGGAGCGGCUGGCCAUCGCCUACGACAACAUCGUCCUGGUGCUGGACAUCAGCCCCGGGGACCCCUGCCCUGUCAUCGAUGGGCCGACCUACACCUUUUACACUCAGCUGCCCGAGACCAUCUCCAGCGUGGCUGUUCUGGCCGACUACCGGGUGGUCUACGGCAUGACCAACGGCGACCUCUUUCUGUACGAGUGCGCCAACUCCAAGGUGUUCCCCUUGGAAGCCCACCAGAGCAGGGUCACCUGCGUGGAGGUUAGCCACAGGGAGCAGCUGGCCGUGAGUGGCUCGGAGGAUGCCCUGCUGUGCCUCUGGGACCUGCAGGCGUGCAAAUGGAAGUUGGAGAUGAGUUACACGAGUUCUUACUGCCGAGGGGUGCAGUGUGCCUGCUUCUCUAAAGAUGACAAGUACGUGUACGCGGGCUUGAAGGAUCGCUCCGUCAUUGUCUGGAGUGUACUGGACGGGGCCCUGCUGGCUGUCCAGUUUGUCCAUGCUGUGGUGAACAGAAUCAUCCCAACAUCAAAUGGUUUCAUCGCGCCCACCAGACACGGUUAUCUCAUCCGGGAGCGUUUCCAGUGCCCCGCAUCAAGAGUCUCACAGCAGGAUCCACUGAAGAACUUCAAGAAGGCAGUGUGGCUGGUCAAAUCCAGGCAGAGGGAAGAGUUGGCCACUGCAGCAGGAGGAACACAAGACUCUGAGAGUGCUGAAGGAGAUGGGUCCAAACCAAACAAACGGUCGCAAGUCUGUCUAAUCCUGUAGAGCCCCCGUUGGGGGAUGGGGAUUUAGCCCUCCCCCAUCUGGUUGAAGCAAAGGGACUGUGUUUGCUGAUGUAUGCUCAAAUCCAGGGCCUCAGAUUAUGCCACCCACAUUUCUAUUCCUCUUUCCUCCUGGUUAGCUACAUCCUCAGACCCUGCCCUCCUACAGGCAAUGUGGUAGCCAACACGCCAUCUCUGAAUCCAGUAGGAAAGAGAGAGCUUUCUUCCCCCAAGAGUUUUCAUCAAAGUCCACUGUCCCCCAUUGGCUCAAUGUCCAUCUCUAAACCAGUCAUUGUCUCUGUAAGAGUGUAUCACUCUGACUGCCCAGCCUGACCCAAUGAGCACCACCGGGCCUGAAACUGGAGUCAAUACCACCCAACCACGUGGAAUGAAAAUGGUAAGGGUAUUCCCCAAGACAGCGGAUCUCAGCCUGUGGGUCGCAACCCCUCUGGAGGUCGAAUGACUCUUUCACUGGGCUUACCUGAUUCUUAACAGUAGCAA